UGACGUUAACUUCAACAUGGCGACGCACACAUACGCCUGUGUGUACAUGUAGCGCUUUACAGUAACCUUGUCAUCUACUGGUUUGCGAAAACGUAUUAGUAUUAUAAACAUAAUUAGGACACGUUACUGUGAGAAAUGUCAAGACUGUCUCGACUGAAGUUGGCAUUAAAUUUUAGAAUGACUCAUGACUAAUGCGUGCUUUUCCUUAGAGAUGUGAUGGUUUCUUAUUUUGCUGCAAUCUUUUAGCGUUAAAUAUAUGUUUUGUCAUUUAUGAAAACUUAUAUCAGAGUAUGUGGGGCCUAAGCUAUUUAAAAGUCAUUGAUCGUGGACGUUUGCUGUCGCAAGGACUUUGUAGGAACUGCAUCACACGUCUUAGAAACGAAUCUUUUGUAACUCAAAUACAAUCUGCUUCAAAACCACCCUGGAGAGUAUUGUUUUUUGGAAGUGAUGAUUUUGCUCUGGAAUCAUUAAAACGGCUUCAUGUAUCUCGAGAUGACUCAAAAGCUGAAAUCAUAGAUUCACUUGAGGUGGUGACGCUGUCCAGAGAUACUCCAGUCAGAAAAUACGCAGAGCAGAACAGACUUCCACUCCACCAAUGGCCAGAUGUGGACUUCAGUGCCCAGUUUGAUGUUGGUGUUGUGGUGUCAUUUGGCUGUUUAAUCAAGGAGAAUGUCAUCAACAAAAUGGCACAUGGUAUCCUAAAUGUGCACCCUAGUCUGUUGCCACGCUGGCGGGGACCUGCUCCAGUCUUUCAUACAAUUUUACAUGGUGACAGUGUCACGGGAGUGACUAUCAUGCAAAUAAGACCUAAGAGAUUUGAUGUGGGCCCUAUUCUUCAGCAAGAGCUGUAUGAGAUUCCAAAGAACUGCUCUGCGGAUGAGCUUGGAGCUACUUUGGCAGUUGUGGGCUCCAGAAUGUUGAUGGACACUCUAAAACAUCUUCCAGAAAGGAUAGCAAACAGAAAGGAGCAACCUAAGGAGGGGGUAUCGUUUGCCCCCAAAAUCAGUUCCCGAAUGGCCUGGAUAAUAUGGGAAGAGCACAGCUGUGAAUACAUUGAUCGGCUGUUUCGAGCUAUUGGAUCUCGGAUUCCUUUGAAAACAAUGUGGAUGGGCAAUCCCAUCAAACUUCUGGACUUUGUUGGCAAAUGCAACGUGAUGUUUACAGCUGCUCCAUAUUUAUCUGCAGUACCAGGGUCUGUCCAUUAUCAGAAAGAAUCCAAUAUCCUACUCGUUCGUUGCAAGGAUGGCUGGGUUGGAUUCAAAGCUGUGAAGUUCAAGAAAAGGCUGUCGGCAUCAGAUUUCUUUAAUGGAUAUCUACAUCAGAGCAUGGUGAAGAAAUCUCCCUCGAACACCUGUUUGUUCCAGAGUUAUAAAGACACUCGUUUGCCAGGAGGACAGGACAGUAAUAUACUUCUGCAGAAUAACACUUCACUUUGAUUUAUUGCAUUCACGGAAUGAAUAAUCGCAUAUAAACAACAUUUUUGUCUGUUUUAAGACAAUUUUGAAAUUAGUAAUGAGCUGUUUGCAGGUGUGAACGAAUCAAUACAAUAAAAUAAUUUUUGAG